AUGACUUUCACAAUCCUGCUAGUAAUAGUCCUCUUCUGGCUUAGCCUUAAAUCGGAAGCUCAGCAGCCUACUUAUAUCUACCAUGUGUGUUCGAACACCACCACUUUCACCGUAAACAGCACUUACCAAGCGAAUCGUGACACCGUCUUGUCUUGGCUGGUGUCUAAUACCACCCGCGGAGAUGGUUUCUACAACACAACCGCAGGCAGCAGCCCCGACACCGUAUACGGCAUUUCCCACUGCCGUGUGGAUAUUAAUACCACCUUCUGCCAAGCGUAUAUCAACUUCGCCUCCGAAGACCUUACCCGACGUUGUCCCGUUGAAAAAACAGCGAUUAUCUAUUACGGGGAGUGCCUCCUCCGGUACUCGAAUCGAACUAUCGUUUCGGUUUUGGAAGACUCACGUAUAGGUUAUUGGCUCGACACACAGAGAAACACCAGCUUCAUCCCGCAAGAUGGAUAUUUCGACCAGGUAGUGUCGGCCGCGGCAGUGAUUAGCAUGAACGAAAUAUUAAACCGGGCGGAAAAUCAACCGAGUGAAAAAAGAUUUGCAGCGGUAGAAACCAGAGUUUCAGCGAAUCAAAAACUGUACAUCCUCGAGCAGUGUUCACCGGACAUAUCGGAUACGGAUUGCAGAAUAUGUCUGCAAAGAUCGAUAGAGAAUCUAAGUUGUUGCGUCGGAAGGCAAGGGGGAGGAGUGUUGAAUCCUAGCUGUAACGUCAGAUAUGAUAUUUACCCAUUCUAUAACCAAACAGCAAUUGCACCUCUACCUCCGGCUCCGGCUCCAGAAUUAGAAGAAGACACACAAAACAAUUCAAACUGGAUCACAAUACUUGUUGCAAGUUUAUCAGCAACUUUCGGAGUAGCUCUGAUUUCGGUCUCUGGUUUCUUCAUCUGGAGGAGGAGAAACAAUCAAGAGAAUAGGGAAAAUAGCCAAGGUGCUCAACUACUUGACUUGGUAGACGGAAGAAUUCCUAAUGAGCACUCAACGGAAACGUUUAGUGGAGAAAAUAUGGGCAAGUCUCAAGAGUUACCUUCAAUUCAAUUGGAUAUUUUACAUGCAGCAACAAACUCCUUUUCUCAUAAUAAUAAGCUCGGGGAGGGUGGAUUUGGUCCCGUAUACAAGGGCACACUAGCAGAUGGUAAAGAAAUUGCUGUUAAGAGACUGUCUGGAACUUCAGGUCAAGGGCUUGUUGAGUUGAAGAAUGAAGUCAUGUUAAUCGCCAGAUUACAACAUAGAAAUCUUGUGAAGCUCUUAGGAUGCUGCUUAGAGAAAAACGAAAAUUUGCUUGUGUAUGAAUUCAUGCACAAUAGAAGCCUCGACGUCUUCCUUUUCGAUCCAAACUUAUCAGCACAAUUGGAUUGGCAGAAACGACUCGUCAUCAUUAAAGGAAUUGCCCGAGGUAUCAUGUAUCUACAUGAAGAUUCUCGUCUCAGAAUUAUCCACAGAGACCUUAAAGCCAGCAAUGUUCUACUUGAUCAUAAAAUGAAUCCGAAAAUCUCAGAUUUCGGUAUGGCAAGAAUUUUCGGAGAAGAUAGGAAUGAAGCAAAUACCAAGAGAGUAGUCGGGACAUACGGAUACAUGGCACCCGAGUACGCUAUGCAUGGCCUCUUCUCUAUCAAAUCUGAUGUUUUUAGUUUUGGUGUCCUGCUGCUGGAGAUUAUAAGUGGAAGAAAGAACAAUGGUUUCCAUCUUUUACUGAGUGGUGAAAGCCUGCUGACUUUUGCAUGGAAACUAUGGUCCAAAGGUGCAGGGAUGGAGUUGAUAGAUCAAUGCCUUGUUCCGUCAAGUGUGGCUUCUGAAGUUCUUAAAUGCAUUCAUAUCGGGCUGUUGUGCGUGCAAGAAGACCCAUCGGUCAGGCCAACCAUGUCAUCGGUGAUUUACAUGUUGGCAAGCGAUGGUACCAUAUCGCUUUCUCGUCCAACUGAACCAGCAUUUUCUGUUGGACGUGCCAUCGUCGAACCAUCACAAUCUAAUUCAAAUGAUGGAGCUUGUUCCGUUAAUGAGGUCACUAUUUCGAAUUUCGUGCCUCGUUGAUUUCAUCAUUGCUUUAAGAGUGCGUUUG